AAUGAAGAGAUCGAGCAAAUUAUGUUUAAUCAUAAACCUUUCAUGUUGUGCUUGCAUUCUUAUCAUAAUUGGUUCAAUUGUGGCAAUUUACAUGUUCGGACUGCAAGCUAAAAUGCCAGAUCCUGGGUACUGUACGCGGCAGCAUGCAACAAUUGCAAUGGAAUGCGCAAAGAAAGACGACGAACUUGGUGCAGCUGCCGCUAGUCUUAAUCACACACAAUUCCUCCUUCAAAGACCGGAACAUUAUGAAUCUCUGGGUGGACUUUGCUUUGUCACUCUGCAAUGUGCGCGAGAAAUCAAGUGCCGAGCAAUCAGAAACAUUCUAAAUGACAUCAGCAUCUGUGGAUUUAUCUAUUACUACACAAAAGAGUUUUCAGAGUGUGCAGAAAAACUAUACGUAAAGAGAAAUGAAAUUCCAUGCAUUGGAGAAAUUUAUAAUGAAAACAAGAGGACUCCUAAAGAAGCUUGUCAAAAGUGGAAGUCGAUCAAUCCAUGUGUGAAAGAAGCCAUCCGAAAUGAAUGUGAUGACAAACUUGGAAUCCUCCAGUUCAAAUGGGAGCAGAAAUCCCACAAAGCCAACAGUAUUUAUUGCGAGGAAGACCGAAGGAUCACAUUUGGAUCUGAAGAGAAUGAAAAUUAAAUGUUCUUGAUAGUCUCUGAUUCCCUUUCUAAUUGACCGGUAAUAGUAUUAAUUCGUUUGUCAGUAGGAUGUUUUGUGGUGUCUCCUUGUUUCUUCGUUUCAUCAGUACAAAAUUGAAAAUAAUACCAAAAACUAUGUAUACUUGAACUAAAUAAUUUUUGUCUGAUUCGUUAAGUAGGUGUAUCUAAAAAAUGAAGAUAUGAUUUUUGUUGUCUAAGUUUGUCUGUUCAUCAAUUUGAUCCACGGCUAUCUUUUACAAUUUUUCAAAAUCGUUCAUAUCUAGUGACACAGGUUACAUUUUUUUGGUGAAAGAAUAGAAAUAUCAAGAAUCAUACGAUCAGGACAAUCGCACCGAGAACAUUGAUUAUUAAACAAUUAUUUUAUGUCUUCUGCUUUUGAACAAAAUUUUAUUGGAAAAAUUGUAUGCCAUUAAAAAAUUCACUUUGAACAAGUUUUAUUUUAAA